CAAGUCAGAUUAAAGCUUCUCAAAAAUCCCCUCUAUAAAUUAUGAUUUUUUUUCCAAACUUAUGUACAUAAAACUAUUCUAAAAGAAAACUAACUAAAUAUGAAAUACGCAGAGAUAUCUCAUUUUAGCCACCCAAAACAUAACCUCAAAUACGACUACAUCGAGAAGCCCUUCAAGUGUGAUGGCUGCAAUGAAGUAGGGAUCGGGUCUCGCUAUCGCUGCUCCAGUGAUCAUCAAAGCUGCGAUUUCGAUCUUCAUGCACACUGCGCGUUACCUUCCGCCAACAUAACACAUCCGUUCUACAAAAAAUGUAAGUUUCAGUUUUUGGCUAAGCCGCCAGGGAAUGAAAGACGAUACUGCAACGCGUGCCAGAAGGACGUGUCGGGAUUCGUGUACCAUUGCAGGGCAUGUGGGUUUGAUCUUCACCCGUGUUGCGCUAUGCUUCCUAUGGUUUUGGACGAUGGAGAGACCAAGCUCUUCCUUUACCGCAACGUUAGCUCGUCCUGUCAUCGAUGUGGAAAAAAAGGCCGUAGCUGGAGUUACAGGUCGUCUUGCAAAAAGUACAAUCUCCACGUAGCGUGCGUGAGGGAGAUGUUGGUGGAGAAUUGGCGGGAGCUGUACAAAGGACAAAGUGGUAAACGCAUAGAAGGCAAGAGCCUGGCGUUGAAGAACACCCUUGAGCAUCACCACCGUAGCAGCAGCAAAGGCAAAGUCCAGAAGUGCUGUGAGAUCGCUGGAAUGGCCGUGCAGUUCGUUAUCUCUGCCGUGCUUGGUGAUCCAACGGCCCUUAUCGCCGGAGUUGUAGGCUCCCUCAUCUCCCGAGGAUGAUCCACCUUCUAAUUAAUCACAUCUCCAUCUUCCUACUUUGCGUGUUUUAAUUAUCGUGUUAUAUCCAUUUACAAAAAAGAAAAAAAUUAUCGUGUUAUAUAUAAAAACUUUAAGUAGAUCAUCAGAUCAGUAAUGGGUUUAUUCGACCAACUUCCCUAUCCAUAAGAAAAUGGUUUAAUUGAAACCAAGAAACAAGAAAAAACUGUUGAGACCUGGAGUCCGCAAAUAAAUGUGUUCGAAGCAAUAGUUGC